UCUUUCUACUCCAAACGCUUACAUAUAUUGUCUGUCAUUCCCUAAUUAGAAGAUGUCCUCUUCAAAUAAUUCAACUGACCCUAGACGAUCUAAUAAAAUUCACAGGUAUCCUUUUAUUAAUAACUUUUAUGAAAGUAUCAUGCCAAACUAUACAUUUUUGGCUUUUUGUAUGUUGUAUUUAGUAUUUACACCCUAUUUUCAACUCGCCCUUUUCUUUCGCAGAUAUCCAAAAGCACCAGCAAAUAGUGUUGUCGAUGAUCCGACGCCGGAUUAUAUGAAUUUGUUGGGUAUGGUGUUCAGUAUGUGCGGUCUUAUGUUAAAGAUGAAAUGGUGCGCAUGGGCAGCGGUUUAUUGUGCUUUCAUAAGUUUUGCUAAUUCACGAUCGUCGGAGGAUACUAAGCAAAUGCUUAGUAGUUUCAUGUUAUCAAUAUCCGCUGUUGUUAUGUCAUAUUUACAAAAUCCUCAGCCUAUGUCACCUCCGUGGUAA